UGGGUUCUUUGUGAAUGGUCUCCCGCCGGCCACUUAGAACCUCCCCCUCGUUUUCGUGACGUGAUACAAGAACUCUGAUCAAUGUCUGCUGUCUAGACUCGUAGUGUGUACUAUCAGCGGUGCGCAAUUAACUAUAAAGUAAAAUUACAAAAUUUCAGUGUUUUCCAUUCGAGUUACGAGUUUUAACUAUCAGAAAUUUAAUUGACGCCAUAUAAAAAAAAGUAAUUACUUGUCGUAUUUCAAUCGAUCUCACAUUGCUCAUUCGUGUGAAAAAUUAAAAUCGCUACCUAUCAUUUCUUUAACAUUAUUUUUAACUUUGGUCAUUUAACAUAAAUUCUUUGCGCAAUAAAGAGUUCUCUGCAAUGGGUGAAGCUGGUGAAGACGUACAACUCUAUGUCUAUGAUCUGACAGGAGGAAUGGCUCGAAUGUUGGGACCAUCGCUACUUCAGAGAGACUUGGAAGGAAUUUGGCAUAGUGCGAUCGUUGUGUUUGGAAAAGAAUACUUCUACGGUUCCAGUGGUAUUAGCAUAUGUCAACCGGGUACGACGGCCUUGGGCAGUCCGUUGCGGAUACACAAUUUGGGCAGGACUUGUUUGCCGGAAGACGUGUACCAAGAGUAUCUACGCGGCCUGGAACAAGACCGGUUUAAACCUACCAACUAUAACCUGUUAAAGCACAACUGCAACAACUUUACCAACGAGAUCAGUCAGUUCUUGUGCGGCAACCCGAUCCCGGAAUACAUUAUAAAUCUUCCAAACGAAAUCCUCAACACCCCUUUCGGUCAGCAACUUGCACCCGUAUUAGAGUUGUUUUCAAACAGCCUAGGCGUACAUCCUGGUAUCAGAAGAUCAGAGUCUGAUUUUGAAACGCUCAACAACGAUAUCGAUUCCGCCAGAAAACAGUCGGCGCUUUUAGAAGAGAAGCGCAAUAAAUUACAGGAAAAAUUAGAAAAACGAGAAAAGAGAAAGAAAAAAAAGAAAAAGGAUAAAAGCAAAAGUUCCAGCGAACAGCCAUCUAUAGAAUCGGGCCCUAGCUCUAGCAGGCACUGCGGAGGGUAUCGCAGAAGAAUGUCCGAGAACGUCUUGAAUGGAACGAACGGUAUACAACAGCCGGUAGUCGACACCAACGAUGCUGACGACAUUGAAAGAAAAGAACAAGAUUUGAAACGCAAAGAACGCGAUCCACCGAUUAUCUUCAAUGAUGUCGUCAACAUUCAUGGAGAAUUGGAGCGACUGGUCGGUCUAAUCGACGGACGAAUUCAACCAGACGACAUGCAGUUCGUAGCCGAACUCGAUCAGUACAUGUUGGAGAAUGAAGGAUCGUGGGCCUUAGGCGAUGGCUUUCUAGCGUUUGUCGGUCGAUUGCUUAAUGACGACCAGUUGGUUUCGGAGGUGCGCGAAACCAUACUGAACAUAUUGGCGGCCGCCGCGCUUAAAGACGAUGUUAUUUUGAUUCUACACCAAGACAGACGGGAGCAUAUUCUGAUGAACUACGCUAACGGAUUCGACAAACUCCCCUUGCUGGAACAAUUGGCUCUCUCGUUGUUUAUGUGCAACCUGUUCGAAAACAGUAGCACAUCCGAAUGGCUUCUGUACAUCUCCGAGUGGCAGUUGGGCUCGAACAUGGUGAGCAACAUUCGGGUAACCACUAAGGUGGCGGUCAAUUCGUUGCUGUCUGAAGACUCUGUACUGCAAGACCGAGGCACCGCUCUGGUACACAAUCUGGCCUGCAAGGAGAAAAUGUUUAAAAACCAAAACAUUCGGAGACUGUUACCCGCAGGAUCGUUUUCAAAGGUGUUCGACGACGUGGUCGUGGAGCUAGCCAUGGCCGUGCUGCAGUAUUUCAACAGUAAACCCAACGAAGAGCACACAUUUAGAUGCAUGAAGUCUUUGGCUAGGUUCUGUCAGAUAUCCAGACAGGACGUACCGCAACUGAUACAGAUGAUCGGACCACCGCCGUCAAACUUCAAAGGCUUAUCGACCAGAAUCGACGAACAGAUAGGGGAAAUACAAAAUUAUUUACGUUGAACGCGACACUAAUGAGAAUAACACAACAGUAUUAUGUUAUUCAAGUUUUGUGAUCAUUUUUAUUAUUUUAACGAAUUACCCUUUAUUAUUACCUAUCACUUUUUUUUUAACAAAAAUACCCAACUUUUUUUUACGGUAUGUUUGACGAAUUAACUCGACCCGAACGUAUCGUAGCAAACUUUUAUUAUUAUUAUUGUUAUUAUAUUAUAUCAUAUUAUUGCAUUUCGGUAAAACAUUUAAUAUAUUUUUAAGCGCUCGGCAUACGCCAGAAGACUAGUAUUUUUCUCUAA